AAAUAAAAUUGGUUUUGGGAAAAAUCCAAAAUGCGUUGUUAAUUAAUCGAACCGAGAGACAAAUCCGGAUAAAGACUUCAUUUACGUGUGCAUAAUAUUUAUCGCAAAUAUGGAAAACGUCAAACGUAUAUAACAUUUAGACAAGUGUUCUAUCAUAUCAUUUCACACCUACAUAACUGUUUUGUGUAGAAAAUUCAUGAACGCAUCAUUAAUGUGCAAUCAUGUAGUGGUGUUAAUGUCUUAUCUUAUCACUAUAAUCUUGCCAUGACUAUAUUAAUGAGAUUUUGCACACAGUGUUUUUCUGUGAAAGAAGUUCUACGGACUCCCUUUGAAUCGGAUUGUAAAAUUUCAGUGAAGAGGUGCCAUUCGCUUCUUCGAAACUUUCAACACCAUGCAGACAUAUUGCUUUAUAGCUUUUUUGAUAGCGGCAACGUGUUCGCACGUAGCGUUCGCGGCUCCGAGCAGUAAUGAUGAUACAAACCCGGACUACAAAUUAUGCGCUACGCAAGAUUGCAAAUACGAAGCGUCGAGGAUCUCGGACUAUAUCGACCGUACAGUCGAACCUUGCGACAAUUUUUACAAAUUUGCUUGUGGCGGAUGGAUACAAAAUAAUCCGGCAAACAUGUCGUACCCAAGAAUUAGCACGCUGUCGAUUCUCAGCCAGAAAACUUCAAGAAAAAUUAAAGAGAUCUUGGAAGAUGCUCCCGGAUCGGACGACACGCUUUCCUUGAAAAAAGCGAGGAAGAUGUACAGCAUGUGCAUGGAUAACGAGGAACUUAAGAAGAUCGGAAUCAGUGCUCUUAGCAAAGUUGUGAAGAAGAACGGCGGAUGGCCAAUGACUAUGUCCCCUAGGGAGUGGAAACGUAAAGGAUACAAAACGUGGCAACAAGUUAGCGACGUUUUGCAGAAUAAUAUGUUUGACAAUGGGCUUUACGAGAUACUGGUGUCAGUUGAUGAAAAAAAAUCUGAUACCAACGUCAUUACCAUCAUGGAACCUGACUUCUACGCCCCACGCGACAUUCUGAUCAGCUUCGAAACCGACCUUGUGCAGAAGAUGUCCUACAAGUCCUACAUCGAGAAUGUUGCGGAUAUCUUUGUGGAAGACAGAGGCGCGUACAUAAAACAGGACGCUAUCAGUCAGGAUGCGCUUGACGUCGUGAAUUUCGAGAUUGAACUGGCUAAGCUAACGUUGAACCUCGAAGAUAGCAGAGAUAUCGAUAAAAUCUAUAAUCCGUUAACAAUCAAAGAAUUGCAACAGGCGUACGAUGCGCAACGUCCCAAAAAGAGCAAGAUAAACUGGCUUCAAUACAUUCAAAAACUGUUUGCACCAGAAAAAAUUACGAUCAAGUCAUCUGAGAAGCUUAUCGUUCAAGCGUACAAGUAUCUCACCUCUUUGGUUCCUUUACUGGAACGAACGCCCAGUCGUACAAUCAUAAACUACAUGCAAUGGAACCUUAUCAGAACUCUGUUGCCUUACACCGAACGUACAGAGGAGAUCGCUGUUCAACUUGCCGCUCAGUUCAAAAAUGAGAGUCCGGAACUCGCGAGGUGGAAGAGUUGCUUGCAGAAGGAUGCCAAUUUACAUACGGCAAUUUCACAAGAGUAUGCCAAGAGACACGUACAGCUCGAUAAUAAAGAAGACAUCAGCGAUAUGGUCACGGACAUUGCAAACGUUGUUCGUGAACAAAUCACAGCAUCCACUUGGAUGGAUGAGCCUACGAAGAAGGUAUCUCUUGAGAAAUUACAAACAAUGAAGAAGCAACUGCUUAUCCCCGAUUGGUUCAACAACGAAGCAAUUGAUAAAUAUUACGAUGGCUUAACUAUCACUUCGGAAUAUCUCAAGAGUGUGUUAAAUGUGUUUAAAUUCCAACUCAAGCAAGUUUUAGGCAAACUGCGAAAACCUGUCGACAAAAACGAAUGGCUUAUGGAACCCACAGAAGUAAACGCUUAUUAUAAUCCACCUAGCAACGAAAUUGUUAUUCCUGCUGCCAUAACGCAAAAUCCUAUAUAUGAUAGAAACCGUCCAGCAUUCUUGAAUUACGGAGCGCUAGGAGUUGUUGUCGGACACGAAAUAAACCAUGGCUUCGACAAUCUUGGUCGCAAAUACGAUAAAAACGGUAAUGCCGUAGAAUGGUGGACGCAAGAUACUAUCAAUAAAUAUGAAAACUUAGCACAAUGCUUUGUCGAUCAGUAUAACAGUUAUGUGGUACCAGGCUUGGAAGAAUCAAAUGUUCACGUAAAUGGGCGAUUGACGCUAGGAGAAAACAUCGGCGAUUCUGCUGGUCUCGUAGCUGCGUAUCAUGCGUACCAGAACAGAAGGGCGAGACUGAACGAGCCUAAAUUACGAUUGCAAGGAUUAGAGGAGUACAGCGACGAUCAGAUAUUCUUUAUGGGCUUCGCGCAGGCGUUCUGCCAAAAUGCCACGCCAGAGCAAACACGAUUGCUCCAGCUGGACGAGCAUCCCAUGCCAGAAACGAGAAUACGAGGCAGUUAUUCGAAUUUCCCUGAAUUUUCCAGGGCUUACAAUUGCCCGGCAGGAAAGGGAAUGAACCCGAACAAGAAGUGUACUCUGUGGUAACAGGACAAUGGAAAACAAAUAGAUCUGGGUGCUUUUGAAAUGUGAUCUCGAAUUGAUGACACUAUGAGUCUUGGAUUUCUUGCAUCGUGUCUAGCAAUUUGUAUUCUUUUAUUUGUUAAUUAAUUUCUUUGUUCAUAUUAACAAGUUUCUAUUUAAAAAUUUAAUAUAAAAUUUUUAAUAUUUGCGAAACGCAACAAGUCUUUUGAAGUAGAAAUGCUGUCAGUAUAGAUUUGUUUUAAAUUCAGAUUUAUUUCUAAUUGAUAUGCAGUAUGAGUGUUAAAAAUGCUACAAAUAUAAUAAAUCUGACCAAAA